GAUCACUUGACUUUGCUAACCAAAACACGCUGAAAAAGCUAGCGGUAGUAAACUGCUGUCAUGGCAGGUACGACAAAGUCGAGACGCUUUAAAACGGAAACGCGGCUAAAGGUCACAAAAUGAUAUAACAGGGAAUGUGUGUGUCAGCUAGAUUGUUGUUUUGGCCUACACGUAUAAUAUAAAGUCAUUUCCGGACUCAAAUGACGGUCGAGGAGUGUUCAAAGCUCGCCUGUUCAAAAAUGAGGCUUCUAUUACCUUGUGCAGUUUUGCUCGCAGCCGUUUUCCACAGCACGACAACGACAUCUAUCUCCUCAGAAGGCAACAAGUGUGUUUCCAGAAGCUUCGGCCAUGACUCUGUGGUGUGUGAGUGUAAUUCCACGUACUGUGACAGUGUGGGCUCCGUGUCGCCACCACCGCCGGGUCACUACAUCUCCUACCUGAGCAGCAGGGACGGAAGCCGGCUAGAGCCAAGCCAAGGAUCCGUCAGGCUCAACAGCACUGGAGCUGGUGGCCUGAGAUUGACUCUGCUUCCAUAUAAGAAGUACCAGAAGAUAAGAGGAUUUGGUGGAGCUCUGACAGAUGCAGCAGCGAUGAACAUCCUCUCGCUUUCUGCUGGAGCACAAGACCAACUGCUAAGACAGUACUUCUCCACUGAAGGUAUCGGCUACAGCGUUGUACGCGUUCCCAUGGCCAGCUGUGACUUUUCCACUCGUCUUUACACCUACGCUGACACACGGGAGGACUACAACCUGGACAAUUUUACACUGGCCCCCGAGGACGUCAACAUGAAGAUCCCUCUCCUGCAUCGUGCCCAGGCCAUGUCUCCCCGCCCCUUGUCGUUGCUGGCCAGUGCCUGGAGCGCCCCGGCCUGGAUGAAAACAAAUAAUGCACUAAUAGGAAAGGGUUCCUUGAAGGGACAACCUGGUGGGAAGGAGCAUAAAACCUGGGCUCAGUACUAUAUAAGGUUCCUUGAGGAAUAUUCCAAGUAUAAUCUGACCUUCUGGGGAGUGACCACAGGGAAUGAACCUACAGCGGGCUUCGUGACAAACUACAGUUUCCAGGCCUUGGGCUUCACUGCUGAGGAGCAGCGAGACUGGGUGGCCUUGGACCUGGGCCCCGCCCUUCGUGCGUCCUCAUUCCCGCACACGCACAUCCUCUUGCUGGAUGACAACCGCCUGCUGUUGCCUUACUGGGCCAAAGUGGUCUUAAGUGAUAUCCAUGCAGGACGUUACAUCCACGGCGUGGCGGUCCACUGGUACAUGGACAGCUUGGUCCCUGCCGCAUCCACCCUGGCAGCGACCCAUGACUUGUACCCGGAGUAUUACCUGUUUGGCACUGAGGCGUGUGCGGGCUGGCACCCGCUGGACCGAGGGGUGAAGCUGGGGAGCUGGCAGAGGGCGGAAGAAUACGCUCACGACAUCUUAGACGACUUAAACCAUUACGUGACAGGCUGGACCGACUGGAACCUGGCACUAGAUCAGACGGGCGGUCCAAACUGGGUGAAGAACUUUGUGGACAGCCCCGUCAUAGUGGACGCCCGGCGGGACAUCUUCUACAAGCAGCCCACCUUUUACAGCAUGGCGCACUUCAGUAAGUUCCUGUGGGAGGGGUCUCAGCGAGUGGGCGUUUCCCCCAGUGGAGAGACGGAGCUUGAAUUCUCUGCCUUCAUUCGACCCGACAGCUCGGUCGUGCUCAUCAUCCUGAACAGGUCAUCAUCUGCCAUUCAGUUUGAAGUGUGGGACCAAAGUGUGGGCUACAUCCCCUCCACAGCGCCACCGCACUCCUUACUCACACUAGCCUGGUACACUCAGGGAUUAAACCAUUAAUCUUGUUACUAACAACAAGGUAAGCCUUAAAUCAUCACUCACGUCCCCACACUAGAAAGCUAACACAAGUUACAAUGAACACACGAAUUAAAAAAACAUUACUGCUGUACAAGAAUAAAGUAGUCCUCUAGUGAGGAAAAAUGUAUUUUUUUGUGAUAUUUUUCAAGAAGUAGUUGCAAUUUUGUGAGGGGGGGAAAAGGCAUACCGACAUGACAAUAAAGUCUGAAUAUUUCAGCAAAAUAUGGAAUAUUAGAUUCAUUUGUAGUUUUGUCAGGCAAAACGUGUACAAUUCUGAUAAUAAAUUUGCAAUAUUCCAACAAAAAUGUCUACAUAUGAGAAUAAAGUCAAUUAUGAAUAAUUUCAUAAGAAAGACAUGCUGAUAAUAAAUCGGGAUUAAGAUCUAUUAUAUUCAUAUACAUUUUUAACACAAGAAAAGUGUAAAAAUUGGAAGAAAAAUGACAUAUUUGAAGAAAUACAGGGGAAACAUGAGUUACAGGCAUAAUAAUAUCAUGUCAGUCAUUGUGACAAUAAAGGUAUUAUUUUCCUGGGAAAAAAGCAGAAGUAUGACAAGUACUGUACAGUGAAGUACAUUGAAAUACAGCGAAGUACAGUGAAGUACAGUGAAGUACAGUGAAGUACAGUGAAGUAUAGUGAAGUAUAGUGAAGUACAUUGAAGUACAGUGAAGUACAGUGAAGUACAGUGAAGUAUAGUGAAGUAUAGUGAAGUACAUUGAAGUAUAGUGAAGUAUAGUGAAGUAUAGUGAAGUACAGUGAAGUACAGUGAAGUACAGUGAAGUACAGUGAAGUACAUUGAAGUAUAGUGAAGUAUAGUGAAGUAUAGUGAAGUAUAGUGAAGUACAGUGAAGUACAGUGAAGUACAGUGAAGUACGGUGUUCCCCCGCUUCAUCGCGGUUCAUCUUUUGCAGACUCGCUGUUUCACAGGUUUUUAUUUUUUAUACAGCGUAUGAACGAGCAUUGUUUUCUGUGUCCUUAUUGGCUAAGGAGGAACCCGCCUAUUGUCUUCUGCAUCCUGAUUGGUUGACCAUUGUCAACCAAUCUCCUUCGUGCCAAACUGCUGUGUUUGGUGUUGUCUGAUCGCUAGCAAACACCUUGCAGAGACUCUGAAGCCUGUACUGUAUGUUUGCACGUUUAACCAUCACACAAAUAGUUGGCUGAAGGAAGGCAGACGUUAGGGCGCCAUUACAGAAUAAAUGAAUCUUCGGUUGGAGGAGGAGGAAAAUACGACAACAGGAGGAAUAUGUUUUAACAAGGAUACAAAAAACGCUACAGCGUAACGGCGCCAGGACGAAGAGGCACGGUCAGAGGAGUGAAUACGUGUGAGCCACUUAAUUUGUGUCCAACCUCAAAGGGUGAGCAUUAAAAUUCAAACAAAGGUUUCAACUUUGAAUGUUUAAACAAGAGAGAAAUGUGAGAAAAUAUUCAUGCCUGUCUGAUUAAAGUGUAUGGUGAGGGGUUUACAGCCUUAAAACAAGUACCGUAAAGCACCGUGUAUAAACCGCACCCGUGUAUUAACCACACCCCCAUUUUCAGGCUCAUGGUGGGGAAAAAACAUUUUUUAGUUCAUAAAUGCUUGCCAACUCUUUCAUCUCAAAUCAACAUGCGUAAAAGGUACUAAGCAAUUUCAAAAAGAAGAAUAAAGGAGAAAUCUGAACUUCGGCAUCUAGAUCUUUAAUAUUAUGGCUAAGCACAGAUUAAUAAUAAUAAUAAUAAUAAUAAUAAUAAUAAUAAAAAAUCAAAAUAAAGAAAUUAGCAUUUUCAGAGAUGUUUUAAUAUCUUAUCUUUCACUGCUUCUCUUUUUCUCGAUUAUUAUUUUAUUGCAUUGCUUCAGUGUGAAUUUGAAUAAACUCCAAGGUUGUAUUGUAUUUUACAUUGGAAGCUUAGGUUAGCUUCAGUGUAUAUAGAGAUGGUUUCACUGUGUGAAAAUACAGACAGCCGUCAGAUAAGUUAGUUGCAUACACAAGCAUUUUCAGCAACUGUACAGCAGAGGGCGCUAAAGUCAAAGCAACUGUCUGACCCACAGACGGCUAUUCUAAAAUGGACUUCUCGUCAAUUUCUGCGUCUGGUCACAGACCUGUCAUCGUGUAUAAACCGCACCCCGACUUUUUGCUUCUUACCAGUGGAAAAAAAAAUGCGGUUUAUACACGGUGCUUUACGGUAAUCAUUGUACAAAAAUAUAGUUGGCUACUUUGCAGAUUUCACUUAUUGUGGGCUAUUUUGGGAACCUAUCCCCUGCGAUAAACAAGGGAACACUGUAUUAUUAGAAUAAUUAUUAUUUUUAUUUUUUUCCUCUGUCUGCCUUGCUGGCGGCGUCCUACCGUUGGGAUGGGGUGGCCUGGUGUCCUCCUGCUCCCUGGCGGUCCGCGCUCUCCGCGCCGCGGGUUCUGGGUUGUAUGUCUGGGACCCCGAGGUCCCCGGCUCCGCUGCUCCUCGGGUUACCAACGGGGGAUAGAGCGGGGCUUCCGGGUUGGGCAGUCGACCACUGUGUGUGUGCGCGCAUGCGUGUGUGUGUGUGCGCGUGGGUGUGUCCAUGGGUGUGCGUGCGUGCGUGUGUGUGCGUAGGAGUGUGUGCUUUUAUUUAUUUAUUUUAGU